ACAAUUAAUAGCGUGCCAUCUCUCACACGACUCGCUAUUUGGCGGGGAAACUGACGUUUUGAUUUUUUUUUGUUCUAAUUCGCAAUCGGAUACAAGGAGGUGUUAUAUGUGGAAUUAAUUCUAUAUGCAUGAUGUAUCUGAUAAUUCCAAUUCUCUUGACGCUUGGCAGCUAUGCUCGCGCACAAAGCCCUAAUUGCGAUUUUGAUCGAGAAAUAUAUCUGGGGCAGCCCGAUUAUAUCUUCAACCAGAACUACCCCAACAGUUACGCUCGCGGCUCGAUAUGUAGAUGGGUGGUGCGCUGCCCUGUGGGAUAUAACUGCAGGAUGAAAUGCGAUCUUAGAAUGCCUAAUACGUACAUGUGUUCCGGAGACCACAUCCUCGUCUCCAGAACUGGAGACCCGAUGUUCGUGGCUGCUGAACGGUAUUGUGGUGAUGGUCUACUUGACAUCGUCUCCAUGGGGUCUACGAUCAGUGUUGGCCUCGAAACAACCUUAUACACACAAGGAGGGAACUUUAUUUGCGAAGUGACCGCUCAAGAACCAGCAUCCAGCGCAACUUGCACCUGUGGAGUUAAAAAGACGACGCGUAUAGUAGGCGGUGAAAACGCAAAACCUAACGAGUAUCCCAUGAUGGUGGCAGUCAUAGAACAGGGCUCAUCAAAUGUCAUGUGUGGUGGUGUCAUUAUAUCGAAUAAAUACGUGCUCUCUGCCGCUCACUGCGUGGAGAGGAAGAUCGCUACGAGUUUGGGCGUUAUUGUUGGCGAACAUGAUUUGUCUACUGGUACGGAAACACCAUAUACGAAAGGCUACAGAGUAAUGAGGAUCGACAUACAUCCAUAUUAUAACAAUGUCAACUACGAUUACGAUGCAGCGAUCUUGACAACAGCUACACAAAUAAUAUUUAGUGAUUACGUCGGCCCUGUGUGUCUGCCAUUUAAGUAUGCAGGGUAUAACUUCACAGGGGAUCAGCUUACUGCAUUGGGUUGGGGAACCCUCUACAUCGGAGGGCCAACUCCAGACAUCCUGCAGAAAGUGGUCCUUGAUGUGAUCAGCCAAGCGGACUGUAGUCGAAGAGUGAACUCGCUCACUGACCGACAGCUUUGCACGUAUACCCCUGGAAAAGACGCUUGUCAGAUGGACUCCGGCGGGCCUCUUCUCUACGCAGCCAGGUCUGGUCUUCUCUACAACGCUGGUAUCAUGAGCUCCGGGUCCCUGUGUGCGUCCGCCGGCAAGCCGGGGAUCAAUACGAGAGUUAGUCAAAUAUUACGCUGGAUAUAUUAUACCGCUCCUGCUGAUUAUUGUGUUAAAUAGAAGAAAUAUUGUUAUGUUUUAAAGAUGAUAUUGCCAUAAUUUAAUUAUACCAAACAGAACUAUGAGCUAUUAUAUAUGUACCUAUUUGUUAUAGCAUUAAAUGCACCAGUUGAUUAUUGUGUUAUACAUAAUAUAGAGAGUCGAUGUUGUUUAAAGGACAAUAUGGCCAAAAUUUAUUUAUACCAAACAGAACUAUGCCAUUAUUUACCUAUUUGUUACAGCAUUUAAUGCGUUGAUUAUUGUGUUAAAUAUAUAAUUGAUGUUGUUUUAAAGACGAUGUUACCAUACUUUAUUACUUUAUUAAUACCAGACAAAACUACGUUGCCAUCGUAUGCUUGUUAUGGCAUAAAAUGCACCCACUGCACGCAGAGCACGCACUGAAUUAUCAAGUUCAUACACUUAAAUGUAAUUUAAAGCAAUACGGCCUGCUACUAAAUACUUGCUUGAAACGUUGUAGUCUACGUAUUAUUCGGUUGAGAAUUCAUUAUUAUUUACAGAAAACAAAUCUUAAAAAAUUAUUCAAAAAAUUAUUUUGCUUUAGACUUUUAUUAUCCAGUGAAAGCCCACUGAAGGCAAAACAGCCGGUUCAAAGAUUUAAGACAAGUAUAUAAUAAUUAUGAUUGGUUUUGUCUUCUUUUUUGGGUAAGAAUAAUUGUUGGUAUGCAAUAUAAAACAGAUUUUUAAGAAUCAGUAUUGUAUUGUAAAUUGCAUUUUAAAUAUUGUUUCUUGUUCUUAACCGAACUUGCAAAUAUUGUUAACAUAUUUAUGUAUUUUCUAUUUAUUCUGUUGUUUUUGCUCAAUAAAGAUUAAAAUGUAUAUUUAAGAGUUAAUUAUGUUGUUAAUGUUUGUUAUAAUUAUUCAGUAAUAUUUA